GGAAGUGAGCCGCAGGAGACGGAAGUCCCGCCCUUCUCUCCCCUGCACUCCAAAGGCUAGAGCAACGCGCUUGGAGGCAGGAGUGAUCUGCGAGUGAAACCUCCACCAUGAGUCUCCUCAAUAAACCCAAGAGUGAGAUGACUCCAGAGGAGCUGCAGAAGCGGGAGGAGGAGGAAUUCAACACAGGCCCCCUCUCGGUGCUCACACAGUCGGUCAAAAACAACACACAAGUGCUCAUUAACUGUCGAAACAACAAGAAGCUGCUGGGCCGGGUGAAGGCCUUUGACAGGCACUGCAACAUGGUGCUGGAAAACGUGAAGGAGAUGUGGACUGAGGUCCCCAAGAGCGGCAAGGGCAAGAAGAAGUCCAAGCCUGUCAACAAGGACCGCUACAUCUCCAAGAUGUUCCUGCGCGGGGACUCUGUCAUCGUGGUGCUGCGGAACCCGCUCAUCGCCGGCAAGUAACGUGGGUGCCUUGGCCCCGAGAGCCUGCUCCCUGCCCUGCAGAGGCCUGCAGAACCUGUCCACUGGCUACAAAUAAAACCCUGUGCUUUUUGUUUUUUA